AUGGCUUGUACUAAUGCAAGUUUUGCGGCUUUAUCGGAUACACUCGCACAAUCGAUCGCAAUCCUAAAAUCGCCAAUGGCAAUGACCUCGGGAGUUCAAACAUCACAACAAUUCGAUUAUGUUCGACUUACACGCUAUUCUACAUAUGGGUUCCUGAUAGCGCCGGUUGUGUAUAAUUGGUUUAACCUAUUAGAUAAAAGAUUCCCAUUCCCGCAGCAAAUUGCUAUGGGAAAAAAUGAUGCGCAAAUUAGACGAGAAACGAUGCGAACCGUACUCAAAAGAAUGAUCGUCGACCAAACAGCAUUCGCGCCAGUUGGCUUGGCUUUGUUCUUUGGUGUGAUGGGACUAAUGGAAGCAAAUGGAUUACAAGCGGUCAAAGAUAAAUUUGCCGAGGCAUAUUUUCCAGCAUUGAAAGCAAAUUACGCAGUCUGGCCACUUGUUCAACUCUUAAAUUUUCUGGAACAACUAGCGCUAGAAAAUGACGAUUUGUACGACUCUUCCAUGUGGCUAGGAAAUAAUUUUGCCACUUUUACAAAUCCUGACCAUGACAAAUACUUUAUGACUAAUGAGAAUAGAAUAAAUGAUUGGUGUUUAAAAAUAACGAUAAAAAGAUUGAGGAAUUUAUUUAUGGGCCGUCAUUCAUUAGAAGAGACAUUAUUUGCUCAACCUGUUGAUGUUUCUGCUUUUAAAACGACUACCAUACCAACUCAGACAACUGCUACUGCUGCCACAACAUUAGGAGUAACAACUACCAUGACGACAACAACGACACCACUACUUUCACAAUCAGCAUUAACCACUUCUACUUCCGCUCACCUCGUCUCUUCCACGAUGAGACGCUCUUCCAUGACCAAUAAUAAUGCAAAAAAACCUUACUCAAAUGGCGUAAAAGUUGUUGUAACUCUCUUUCAUCACCGACUUAUUUUGCGCAAUUCUGAGCCUUUUCCACCAGCUACUCCUCCCUCAUUAAUUUUUGCUUCUGGAGAGAUACCGAGCAAGGUAGAAUGUUUGGUACGAGCGCGUAUUCCCACUCCUACUGGAGAAUUUUUUUUGCAUCUUUACAGGAACAAUAGAGAUAAUAAAGAACAUUUGGCUGUCGUGUAUGGUGAAGACAUUCGUAGUAAGAGUUUAGAUAUUCCGCGUCCUGGCGAAACAGAGAUGGAUAGAAUCAUGCGCGGAGCAUAUAUUGGAAGAUUAAAACCUGGACAAACGAGAUCAGAUGAUUCAUCAUCAUUAUUGAUAUCGUCGAUGUCGUCAUCUACAUCGAUAACGGAAAAUCAAAAACAGCUUCUUUCACCUCCAUUAGUGAGAAUUCAUUCGGAAUGUUUUACGGGUGAAACUGUGCAGAGCGCUCGUUGUGAUUGUGGUGAACAAUUACAGGAGGCAAUGAGAUUAAUACAAUCAGAAGGUCGAGGAGUUAUUGUUUAUUUGCGACAAGAAGGUCGUGGUAUUGGUCUAGCAGAAAAACUUCGAGCUUAUAAUUUACAAGAUUUAGGACAUGACACUGUAACAGCAAACCUUUUGUUGCAUCACCCACCAGACCUUAGAAAUUAUGACAUCGCAACACAAAUUCUCGCUGAUCUCAAUUUGACCAGAGUUCGUUUACUCACCAACAAUCCGGAUAAAAUUGAGCAGGUCGAAGGAGAUGGUCUGAUAAAAGUUGUUGAACGUAUUCCGAUGGUUCCACACGCUUGGCAACAUGAUCACGAUCCGAAUCGUCACGGUCACGAAGUAGACCAAUAUCUGAAAGUAAAGGUAGAACGAAUGAGACAUCUAUUGAAUGUGCCCGAAUCAUUAUUACGCUGA